CGGAGCAGCUGAAAGCUAAAACGCCACGACGACCUGUACCACGUGACCUUGCUCGCCAUGAUUGUCGUUUCAGAAAUCGUGGUGAAAAUGUCGUCUGGCAGUCCGUCAAAGAAACUGAAAACAACACAUGAAUCAGUAAACAAGUCAGAAUUGAAAAAGUCCACGUCGGAUGAACGGACAGAAUUUAUAGAAAAGAUUCGCAACGACAGAGUGAAAGCAGCUCCAUCAAUAAAUGAAUUUAAAUUCAACAAGAAGCGAGUACAAAUAUUAUCAAAAGCAAGUGAAGUGCCAGAAUGGGCAGAGGGUGUUGUGUAUUGGAUGUCAAGAGACCAGCGAGUUCAAGAUAACUGGGCCUUGCUCUAUGCACAGAAGUUGGCUUUAAAAACUUCACUCUCACUUCAUGUUUGUUUCUGUUUGGUUCCCAAGUUUCUUGAUACUACAUAUCGACAUUACAGUUUCCUCUUGAAAGGAUUGCAAGAGGUUGAAGCAGAAUGUAAGAAACUGGCUGUUGAAUUUCAUUUACUCCUUGGUGAACCGGUCAGCACCUUGCCACAGUUUUUGACACAGCAUAAAUUAGGAGCUGUUGUCACUGAUUUCUCACCACUGAGGGAGCCUCGUAAAUGGGUGGAUGAUGUAAAGAAAUGUCUCCCAAAAGAUGUACCAUUAUGUCAGGUGGAUGCUCACAAUAUUGUCCCAUGCUGGAUUGCCUCAGAUAAAUUGGAAUAUGCUGCCAGGACAAUACGAAAUAAAAUUAAUAGCAAACUGCAGGAGUACUUAACACAAUAUCCACCUGUUGUGCCACAUCCUCAUUCACCUAAGAAGCAUGCUAUUGUAAGACAAUUUGAAGCUAACUGGGUAGCAGCUGAAAAAUUCAUAGAAGCUGAUCGAAGUGUUCAGCCUGUGACUUGGGCAACUGCAGGCACUGAGGCGGGUCUUUUAAUGUUGCAUAAAUUUUGCACGAAGGGCUUAAAAAAUUAUGGUUCCAAGCGGAAUGAUCCGACAAUUGAUGCACUUAGCAACCUGUCUCCCUGGUUUCAUUUUGGCCAUAUUUCUGUUCAGAGAGCUAUUCUUGAAGUGAAGGCAUACAGAUCCAAAUACACAGAGUCAGUAGAUGCCUUCUGUGAGGAAGCAAUUAUCCGUCGAGAACUGUCAGAUAAUUUUUGUUUUUACAAUGACAAGUACGACAGUAUUGAAGGAACAAAUGCAUGGGCAUUGAAGACCCUUAAUGAUCACAGAAAGGACAAGAGGUCAUAUAUCUACACUUGUGAAGAAUUGGAGAAGUCUUUAACACAUGAUGAUUUAUGGAAUUCUGCCCAAAUUCAGUUAGUGAAGGAUGGAAAAAUACAUGGCUUCAUGCGUAUGUAUUGGGCAAAGAAGAUAUUAGAAUGGACACCAUCACCAGAAGAAGCUUUAAGAAUUGCAAUUUAUUUAAAUGAUAGAUAUUCAUUGGAUGGAGGAGAUCCUAAUGGAUUUGUUGGGUGCAUGUGGUCUGUGUGUGGAAUACACGAUCAAGGAUGGCUAGAGAGACCAGUUUUUGGAAAAAUACGGUACAUGAAUUAUGAAGGUUGCAAGCGAAAGUUUAAUAUUGCUGCAUAUGUAAGUCGUUUUGGAGGAAAAAGUCAUAAAUAUAUAAAGAAAGCUUAGGUAUUAUCCUAUCAAAAAUAAGUGCCUUGCUGGUGUAAGGUCAGUGUUGGAACUAUAAACUUAUACAGUCAAAUCCUUAGGAACAGUGUAUGCAAGCAAGUAUGAUCCUGCCUCAAAACUUGUUAUUAUGAAGAAAUAAAAGCUAUUUCAGCUGUAUGUGGCUGCUCGCAGAUUCCUAUGACAACUUCUAAUAGCAGCUCAGUUUUCUUAUAUAAUGUCUGUCAUGUCAAAUCAGCUCUUCUCUUUGAAUUUAUUGCAUUAAUUACUUUUAAAUUUCUGUGAGGGCAAUUGUUAGAAUAUUAGAGUGAAAUAGCAGCCAGUGGGCAAAACAAUGUAUUUUGAUUUCCAAAGCAUGCAAUGUCAGGAACAUCAGCAGUACGUGGAAGUUUGAGCUUGAGAAAUCUCCCUUCUCACACCUGUAUAUUUCUAUAGUCUCAAAGUAGGAGUACACAGCUCCACUAAUUCAGAGAUUCAUCUUUCUGUAUGUGACAACAUUUUUAUUGUUUUCUGUUCCAUGUUGUGCAUAAAGUUAAGACACAAAGCUUUAAUUAAAAAAGGAUCUGAUCUGUAUUGUCUAAACCAUCUGUAUUCCCUCCAAUACCAGUUCCAAUAUUGUAUAGUGCAAUUUCUUUUCUUUUUAGUGCCCAAUUUCUCUGGUGUGGGAUUGUAUCUUCUGUCAAGGGCAACUAAUUUUGUAUAAGUAAUUGUCAUGAAUAUGCUAAAUUCUUGUGCAUAUCUGUUUUAUAAAUCAAGUUACAAAAUAACUGGUAAUCGUAAUUCUCACUUUAUUAUUAUAUGUAGUACACUGUUUAGUUCUCCUUCUUACCACUCUGUUAGAUUAAAGUACAAUAUGCAGUAUUUUGUAUAUAUUGACAUUUUU